CGGCUCUGUGAAGGAAAUGUGCAAUUCACACUCCGACCUGUUAACGGCAGCAAUACACGACAAAGCAUAUAAUCUGCCGAAAAACUACACGAAGAAGAAUGAGGUCAGCGGUAACUGAGAGCGCAGAGUAGGAAGCGAAUGUUGUGUAAGUUAUGUACCAGGGGCACGUCAUGUAACUUAUUGAUUUUAGUUAUCAAGAUAGAGAUAUUUUGGGAUUUUCGUUCAUGCAUCAUUUCGGGUAAUUCAUUAAACCUUUAAGGUAUUUCUAUGAGCGUGUAUGUUUAAUGAAUAACUACAUGUCACCUCAACGCUGACAUUCAUAAUUAUCGUACUAUUGACAUGUAGCCCUUACAUUAGACAGUGCAUGAAGCCAUUUAUACUUUUCUACACAUUUGAUUUGAUAGACAUUUCAGGAGGUGGAUAAUAACAUUCGAUAUGGGCUCUGUCAAAGUCACAGCGUGCUGCAGGCAGCUAUUUUUGUCCCAUGCAAGAGCACUUGCUUUAACUACAAAGAUGGCUAGUUCUGGGAACAUCAUAUGCUCCCUUCGAAGAAAUCUCGGUUCCUCUUCGAGAUUGCGGUCCAGCAUGCCAGCUUGGGUGAUUGACGAGUAUGGCAACAAUGGGGUACUCCGGUUCACUGAAGAUGCCACAGCUCCCAGUGUCAACUCARCAAGUGAGGUCUUAAUCCAGGUCCACGCUGCAAGCCUCAACCCUCUCGACAUAUCCAUGAGGAGUGGGUAUGGGUCAAAUCUUCUGAAGCUGAGACGGGACCCGGUGUCUUUGGGUCAGAACGGAGGCGAGUUUCCCAUCAUACUGGGUCGGGAUGUCUCUGGCGUGGUGGUGGAUUGUGGGUCGGGAGUGACCCAUUUUAAACCAGGAGAUGAGGUGUGGGCGGCCAUUCCUCCAUGGAAGCAGGGCAGCCUAGCAGAGAUGGUGAAUCUGACAGAGUAUGAGCAACUCCAGUCGUUCCGCUUCCCAUCGUUGCCUGAAACAAAAGAAAGGGUAAAGGAGGGGAAGGUCUCCCACAACAAGUCGCUGGUCACCAAGAGCGGGCGUCUCCCCUUUAGUGUGCUGCCACGCCUGUCUGGGCUCCUGGUCACGCGGGCGGGGCCUUGUGCAGAUAACCCACUUGCACUAACACCGGAACUUUUUCACUAUAACCACUGUCUCCCUGUGUUCCCCCUCAGGUUCGACGUGAUUCUGGACAAUGUGGGUGGGGACUCGGAGCAGUGGGCCCUGGGCCUGCUAAAGUCCUGGUCAGGGGCCAAAUACGUGACCCUGGUCACCCCCUUCCUGCUUAACAUCGACUCCAUGGGCUUGCUGGAGGGAGCCGUCCACUCAGGACUCAACCUGCACCAGAAGGUCAUCACGAACAUGUGUAACGGAGUGUUCUACCGCUGGGGGUUCUAUGCUCCAGACGGCCCGGCGCUGGACGAGGUCAGCCAGCUGGUGGAUGCCGGAAAGAUCCUUCCAGUGGUGGAGGCCACGUUCCUGUUCUCCCAGGUGCCCCUGGCCUUCCAGAAAGUAGAGGGGGGUCACGCCAGGGGGAAGACUGUGGUCACCGUGGCCCAAGAGGAAGAGGGGACCGGAGUGACUGAAGAGGAGGGGGAGACUAGUGACACCCCAGAGCAAGUCAGGGAGGAAGUCAGGCAAGCAGCGCCAAAGAGCUAAACCGCUGUGAUGUCAACACUAAGCAUUGGGUCACUAAGGCACGCAACUGUUUUUUUAAACGCUUUGCAACGGACAACUUAAAACAUUUUUGUUUUUUGGUCCAGUCCAGAUAGUCCCACCCUGUUUCAGUCAGUUUUCUUUCAUUUUCCUAAUGGACAUGACCCUGAAUAUGGUUUGUCCAUGUCCAUCCUGUAGAACGCUGAACUCUUGAGCUCUAUUGCAAAACACUGUUUGGUUUGCGCUUUUGCAGAUAAACUGCUUGUUUGAGAAAGGCAACAUUUAUUUAUCUUAUGGUUUGUCUUGUGUGUUGAGAAUUCAUUACGGAAAAGUAAAAUAUAUACAUUUUG